GUUUGUUGAGGUAGGAAGACACAAUUGCCGCACGGUAAUCAAUGGGUAAAGCCUAUGAAUCACCUCAAGUUUUCUUCUGGUUAUAUAUCUUUGUAGCACGGAAUAGGGUCAACACGGACAAUAAGAUGGAAAAGUACUGGAGGCGACUAUUUUAUAUGCAGCCAAUCGCAGGAUCCACUCCUUUGGAUUCUGAUACGAUAGAAUACUUCGGGAUAUUUAGUAUUAGCGAGUCACAUGUCGCCACCCAAAAACGAUGGUACAUUUAUUAUGGCCUUAGAUCAGAAAGGUUAAAGGUUAUGGAAAGGAUUCGCAAGAAAUAUGGCAAAAAACAUGUCUGGGAAAUAUUUCAAAUCGCCACAUUCAGCGGUGUGGGAUUUCAUAAAAUCGUAAGAGAAUAUUUCUGCAACUUAAAAUGGUUCACAAGCAGAAAUCUCUUGGAAGCUCCACUUAAUAGUCAUUAUAAUGAUGAAAGACUCGUGAAAACAGUUUCAGACUUGAAUAGCAAGGAGCUAAGAAGAAUCUUUGACUAUAUAAUGAUACAACACGAUUGGUUUAAGCGCUAUAAUGAUCAGAAGGCACCACCUGCUAAACAUUAAGCUAACUACAGAAUCCGACUAUCAGUUACCCGUUACUUAAUUCACAAAUCUAGAUGUAUAAUACUUUUACUGAAAAUGCGCCAUCUGGUGCCUUGUAACGACAUUUGUUAAUUUUUUGUUGUAUUCAUAUACACAUAAAAUAUCUGUUAUCCCUACUGAUUAAAUGCAUUUAAAAAAUAUGUUCGAUAAAAUAUACACACAAUUAAACAUUUGAAAACUAGCAAAGUAAGGUGUGGCAAUACUUGCUUUUCUAAACCAACUCUCUUGCGGUUAUAUAUAGAUAUGUGGACCCAUGCGAUCAUCCUGAGCACAGUAUAAUAUACCCAAUUUCUCUACAUAUAAUAGGUAUUAAAAUGAUACAAGCUACUGCUUAUCGAAAGCCCUCAGGGUUGCUUUUAAAAGCUCUUUAAUUUGUUGUGAAAUUGAAAAUCGUAAACAAAACGAGGAAACUUUUUACAAAUCAGUUGAAAUUAUAUUUGUGGUGUAUUGGGUAUUUAAGAAGAGUGCGUAGGGAGUUAACACGGAUUCAGAAGUCAGAGAAGUAAAAGCGACCGAACUCAUUUUU